AUGGCCCCGGCAGACCGACAACAGACAAGGAGACCGCACACCCAAAAACAACACCGGCCCGGCAGACCCCACAGACCAGCGAGACCGCACACAACAACCCAACCGCCCCGGCGACGACACCCGACACAGCGAGACCCGCACACCGGCCCGGCAGACCGAAAACCCGACACCCGAACCCGGCCCCCGGCAGACCCACACAGACACAGCGAGACCCCGCACACAAGCAACCACACAACCCGGCCCGGCAGACCGAAACGACACAGGAGAGCCGCACGCAAGCAACCACACACCGGCCCCGGCAGACCGAACACAGGACCGCGAGACCGGGACACAAGCAACCAAAAGGCCGCCCCGGCGGACCCACACAGACACGCGGACCGCAACAAGCAACCGCACAGGCCCCGGGAAGCGCACAGACAAAGCGAGACCCACACAAGCAACCAACACCGGCCCGGCAGCCCACCAACACAGCGGACCGCAAACAAGGGAGAAAAAAGAAAGGAGGGGAAAAAAGCCCCAAAAAAAGGGGCAGACCCCCCAAAAAAAGGAGACCCGAAAAAAGAAAAAGAAGGCCCGGGAGAACCCAAAAAACGAGAGCACACAAGCAAAAACAGGCCCGGGGGACCGACAAAAGGCCGCGAGACCGCACACAAGCAACAACACAGGCCCCGGCAGACCCCCACGACACAGCGAACCCGACACAAGCAACCAACACCGGCCCCGGCAGACCCCAAGACAAGCGAGACCCGCAAAAAAAGCAACCAAAAAACCCCGGGCCCCGGCAGACCACACAGACACGGAGACCCGAACACCGGGCCCCGGCAGACCGAAAAAGGGCACGCAGACCCCCAACACCCGGCCCGGAAAACCCCAAAAACCAAACAGCGAGACCCGCACACAAGCAACCACACACCGGCCCCGGAGACGACAGACAAGCGGAAGGCCCGCAAACAACCACACACCGGCCCCGGGGACCGCAAGAACAGGAGACCGCACAAAGAAAACCCCACACCGGGCCCGGGGAACCCACAGACACAGCGAGCCGCACACAAGAACCCCCACACCGGCCCCGGCAGGACACCAAAAAAGCGAGACCCGCAACAAGAACCAACCCCCGGCCCCGGCAGACCCCACACAACAGGAGCCCCCAACAAAGAACACACACCGGCCCCGGCAGACGAAAAAGACCAGGAGACCCGACACAAGCAACCCCCACACCGGCCCCGGGAACCCAACAGAAACAGCGAGACCGCACACAAGCAAAACCCCCAAAACCCCGGGCCCCCGGGAGACCGAAAAAAGACACAGGGACCCGACACAAGAACCACAACGGCCCCGGCGACCCACACAGAAACAGCGAACCGCACACAAGCAAACCCACCCGGCCCCCGGCCAACCGACACGACACAGGAGCCCGCAAACAAAACAACAACCCGGCCCCGGCAGACCGACACAGACCCCCCGCGGACCCGAACAAACAAGACACACCGGCCCCGGAGCCCACACAGACACAGGGGACCCGCACACACCGCAACCCCACCACGGCCCCCGGGACCCCACAAACAAACGAGCCCGCACACCCCGAACGACACAGGCCCCGGCAGACCCAACAGACAAGCGAGACCCCAACAAGCAACCACCCACCGGCCCCGGAGACCCACACAGACACGCGAGCCCGAACAAAAAACACCCCCCCCGGGGGGACCCAACAGAACGGAGACCGACACAAACAACCAACACCGGCCGCGGCAGACCGAACAGGGAAAAGGAGAGACACAACAACCACACACCGGCCCCGGAGACCCCACGGGCAAGCGAGACCCGCACAAAGCAACCCCAAACCCCCCCCCGCAGACCCACACAGAAAGCGAGACCCCACAAGCAAAAAAGGGGGAGACAAAAAGAAAGCGAGAACGCAACAAGAAACAAAAAGGGGGACCCCCCCCAAAGAAAAAGGAACCCGGAAAAAAGAAAAAGAAACCGGCCCCGGAGACCCCCAAAGAAAGGGGAAACCGAACAAGAAAAAAACAGGCCCCGAGACCACAAAAGACAAAAGGGGACCCGCAACAAAAAACCACCCCACCCGGCCCCCAGACCCACCAAAGACCAGGAGACCCGCAACAAGAACCACCCCGGCCCCGGAGACCCACACAGACACAGGAACCCGCACACAAGAAAACCCCACACCGGCCCCCCAGACCGACAAACACAGCGAACCGCACACAAAAACCGCACACCCCCCAGACCCACAAAACAACGGAAACCCCCACACAACAACCACACACCCCCCAAACCCCCACAAAAAAACCCACAGAAACCAAAAAACCCCCCCACACCGACAAACACCAACCCCACACAAGCAACCAACACCGGCCCGGCAGACCCAAACAAAAAAGCGAGCCCGCCACAAGCAAAACCCCAACCGGCCCGGCAGAAAAAAAGACAACGAGACCCAAAAAAAAAAAAAGGCCCCCAACGGGAAAAAAAACAGGGAGAGAAAAGAACCAAACGGGGAGACCAACAAAAAAGGAGAAAGAACAAGAACCAACACGGGGCAGAGACAAAGAACAGCGAGACCCCCACACAAGCAACCGACAAAGGCCCCGGAGACCCACACGACCAGCAGACCGCCACAAGAACCCCACACGGCCCCCGGAGACCACACAGACAAGGGAACCCCACACAAGCAAAACCCCAAAAAAACCCGGCCCGGCAGACCCACACAGACACAGCGAGACCCGCACACAAGCAACCACACACCGGCCCGGCAGACCCACACAGACACAGCCGAGACCCGCACACAAGCAACCACACACCUGCCCGGCAGACCCAACACAGCCACAGCGCGACCCGCACACAAGCAACCGCACACCGGCACCCGUCAGACCCAAUCACAGGACCACCACCGAGGACCCUACACACAAGCAAACCAACCACACCGGCCCCGUCUAG